UACGGCUAUACGGUAUAUAAGGGCACUAACCUUAUACACCCCGGAUAUCGCCCUUUCCCCGGUACGGAAGUCUUUAACGCGGAAGCCGAAGGUGCUAGAACCGGCCUCCUCGCCGACCUUAAGGAAUCCGAUACGACCACGAGGAAUAUCACGGUAUACCUUGAUAAUAUAGCCGUGAUCUAA